UGUCUCCCAGCCUCACAAUCCCAAGAGCAGAACUCGCGUGACUUUUUUCCUGUCACCAUUAUUCUUAUAUUAUUGACUCAAACAACCACUGAGCCACGAUGACCGCCCCUGCUAUCCCCUGGCAUGCAGUCUACCCCGCACCGCGAAGCGCAGCGGUCGGCAUCUGUCGCGAAGAAGUACUGCGAUGGUUCCGCGCCGGCAAACAAGCCGGACGCGAUUUUUUAUUGGUCGAUCUACGCCGGACGGACUUUGAGGGAGGGACGAUCCGAGGAUCCAUCAACCUUCCAGCUCAGAGUCUUUACCCGACGAUCCCAACGGUUUUUUCUCUGCUCAGCCAGAGCCCUGUGAAGGAGGUGGUCUGGUAUUGUGGUUCCUCGAAAGGACGCGGCACGCGGGCCGCCAGUUGGUUCGCCGACUACCUCGAACAGCAGGGAGAGACCCGGCUGAGGAGUCUCGUCCUGGAAGGGGGCAUCAAGGGCUGGGUUGCUGCUGGGGAAGAAUACACGGAUCUGAUGGAUGAAUAUGACGCUUCUGUCUGGGCUAAAUGAAUACACAGCAUAUGGUAGCGAUAGCCAGUUGGGGGUGAAAAUAUGUACUGAU